AUGGAUACAAACUGGCUAAGUUUAAAUUCAGAAAAGCCCUGGGAAUUGCUAAAUUGCAAGUAUGAAAAGCAGAAAAGAAGUGAUGCCGUGUGGAUAGCAGGACAGGGGAAGACCAAUCAUAGAGCGAUCUUACAGAUAUAUCAAACGAGGAUUAGGAAGAAGUCUGGUCCACUGAAUAAUGAGACAGUUCCAUUAACUGAUAAUCAAAAAGAAAUAGAGUUUACUCUAAAAGGAAGUAAGGUGCAAGAACAAGAAAAAAAGGAGUUAAGGUGUAAAGUGAGGAACAGGUACGAGAAUAAGGUAAUUCCUAGAAGGAGGGUGUCGAGUUUUGAUCCUUGGCUACACAGGGUGUCGAGUUUUAAUCCUUGGCUACACAGGGUGUCGAGUUUUAAUCCUUGGCUACACAGGGUGUCGAGUUUUAAUCCUUGGCUACACAGGGUGUCGAGUUUUAAUCCUUGGCUACACAGGGUGUCGAGUUUUAAUCUUUGGCUACACAGGGUGUCGAGUUUUAAUCCUUGGCUACACAGGGUGUCGAGUUUUAAUCCUUGGCUACACAGGGUGUCGAGUUUUGAUCCUUGGCUACACAGGGUGUCGAGUUUUGGUCCUUGGCUACACAGGGUGUCGAGUUUUGAUCUUUGGCUACACAGGGUGUCGAGUUUUGAUCUUUGGCUACACAGGGUGUCGAGUUUUGAUCCUUGGCUACACAGGGUGUCGAGUUUUGAUCCUUGGCUACACAGGGUGUCGAGUUUUGAUCCUUGGCUACACAGGGUGUCGAGUUUUAGUCCUUGGCACCACAGGGUGUCGAGUUUUAAUCCUUGGCUACACAGGGUGUCGAGUUUUAGUCCUUGGCACCACAGGGUGUCGAGUUUUGAUCCUUGGCUACACAGGGUGUCGAGUUUUAAUCCUUGGCUACACAGGGUGUCGAGUUUUGAUCCUUGGCUACACAGGGUGUCGAGUUUUAAUCCUUGGCUACACAGGGUGUCGAGUUUUAAUCCUUGGCUACACAGGGUGUCGAGUUUUAAUCCUUGGCUACACAGGGUGUCGAGUUUUAGUCCUUGGCACCACAGGGUGUCGAGUUUUGGUCCUUGGCUACACAGGGUGUCGAGUUUUAAUCCUUGGCACCACAGGGUGUCGAGUUUUAGUCCUUGGCACCACAGGGUGUCGAGUUUUGGUCCUUGGCUACACAGGGUGUCGAGUUUUAAUCCUUGGCACCACAGGGUGUCGAGUUUUAAUCCUUGGCUACACAGGGUGUCGAGUUUUGAUCCUUGGCUACACAGGGUGUCGAGUUUUGAUCCUUGGCUACACAGGGUGUCGAGUUUUGAUCCUUGGCUACACAGGGUGUCGAGUUUUAGUCCUUGGCACCACAGGGUGUCGAGUUUUGAUCCUUGGCUACACAGGGUGUCGAGUUUUAAUCCUUGGCUACACAGGGUGUCGAGUUUUAGUCCUUGGCACCACAGGGUGUCGAGUUUUGGUCCUUGGCUACACAGGGUGUCGAGUUUUAAUCCUUGGCACCACAGGGUGUCGAGUUUUAGUCCUUGGCACCACAGGGUGUCGAGUUUUGGUCCUUGGCUACACAGGGUGUCGAGUUUUAAUCCUUGGCACCACAGGGUGUCGAGUUUUAAUCCUUGGCUACACAGGGUGUCGAGUUUUGGUCCUUGGCUACACAGGGUGUCGAGUUUUAAUCCUUGGCACCACAGGGUGUCGAGUUUUAAUCCUUGGCUACACAGGGUGUCGAGUUUUGAUCCUUGGCUACACAGGGUGUCGAGUUUUGAUCCUUGGCUACACAGGGUGUCGAGUUUUAAUCCUUGGCUACACAGGGUGUCGAGUUUUAGUCCUUGGCUACACAGGGUGUCGAGUUUUGAUCCUUGGCUACACAGGGUGUCGAGUUUUAAUCCUUGGCUACACAGGGUGUCGAGUUUUAGUCCUUGGCUACACAGGGUGUCGAGUUUUAAUCCUUGGCACCACAGGGUGUCGAGUUUUAAUCCUUGGCUACACAGGGUGUCGAGUUUUAAUCCUUGGCUACACAGGGUGUCGAGUUUUAAUCCUUGGCUACACAGGGUGUCGAGUUUUAAUCCUUGGCUACACAGGGUGUCGAGUUUUGAUCCUUGGCUACACAGGGUGUCGAGUUUUAGUCCUUGGCUACACAGGGUGUCGAGUUUUGAUCCUUGGCUACACAGGGUGUCGAGUUUUAGUCCUUGGCUACACAGGGUGUCGAGUUUUAAUCCUUGGCUACACAGGGUGUCGAGUUUUAAUCCUUGGCUACACAGGGUGUCGAGUUUUAAUCCUUGGCUACACAGGGUGUCGAGUUUUGAUCCUUGGCUACACAGGGUGUCGAGUUUUAGUCCUUGGCUACACAGGGUGUCGAGUUUUGAUCCUUGGCUACACAGGGUGUCGAGUUUUAGUCCUUGGCUACACAGGGUGUCGAGUUUUAAUCCUUGGCUACACAGGGUGUCGAGUUUUAGUCCUUUGCUACACAGGGUGUCGAGUUUUGAUCCUUGGCUACACAGGGUGUCGAGUUUUGAUCCUUGGCUACACAGGGUGUCGAGUUUUAAUCCUUGGCUACACAGGGUGUCGAGUUUUAAUCCUUGGCUACACAGGGUGUCGAGUUUUAGUCCUUGGCUACACAGGGUGUCGAGUUUUGAUCCUUGGCUACACAGGGUGUCGAGUUUUGAUCCUUGGCUACACAGGGUGUCGAGUUUUAGUCCUUGGCUACACAGGGUGUCGAGUUUUAAUCCUUGGCUACACAGGGUGUCGAGUUUUAAUCCUUGGCUACACAGGGUGUCGAGUUUUAGUCCUUGGCUACACAGGGUGUCGAGUUUUGAUCCUUGGCUACACAGGGUGUCGAGUUUUGAUCCUUGGCUACACAGGGUGUCGAGUUUUAGUCCUUGGCUACACAGGGUGUCGAGUUUUAAUCCUUGGCUACACAGGGUGUCGAGUUUUAAUCCUUGGCUACACAGGGUGUCGAGUUUUAAUCCUUGGCUACACAGGGUGUCGAGUUUUAAUCCUUGGCUACACAGGGUGUCGAGUUUUAAUCCUUGGCUACACAGGGUGUCGAGUUUUAAUCCUUGGCUACACAGGGUGUCGAGUUUUGAUCCUUGGCUACACAGGGUGUCGAGUUUUGAUCCUUGGCUACACAGGGUGUCGAGUUUUAAUCCUUGGCUACACAGGGUGUCGAGUUUUAAUCCUUGGCUACACAGGGUGUCGAGUUUUGAUCCUUGGCACCACAGGGUGUCGAGUUUUGAUCCUUGGCUACACAGGGUGUCGAGUUUUGAUCCUUGGCACCACAGGGUGUCGAGUUUUAAUCCUUGGCUACACAGGGUGUCGAGUUUUGAUCCUUGGCUACACAGGGUGUCGAGUUUUGAUCCUUGGCUACACAGGGUGUCGAGUUUUAAUCCUUGGCUACACAGGGUGUCGAGUUUUGAUCCUUGGCUACACAGGGUGUCGAGUUUUGAUCCUUGGCUACACAGGGUGUCGAGUUUUGAUCCUUGGCUACACAGGGUGUCGAGUUUUGAUCCUUGGCUACACAGGGUGUCGAGUUUUGGUCCUUGGCUACACAGGGUGUCGAGUUUUAAUCCUUGGCUACACAGGGUGUCGAGUUUUAAUCCUUGGCUACACAGGGUGUCGAGUUUUAAUCCUUGGCUACACAGGGUGUCGAGUUUUAAUCCUUGGCUACACAGGGUGUCGAGUUUUAAUCCUUGGCUACACAGGGUGUCGAGUUUUAAUCCUUGGCUACACAGGGUGUCGAGUUUUAAUCCUUGGCUACACAGGGUGUCUUACUGA